AUGACAGUCACCACUGAGCCAGUGCCAGUGCUCCCUGCUGCCGGGUCGCCAGGCGACACUCCGCUCGACGAGAAGAAGGUCGACCUCAGCCAUGACGCGCAGGCGGCUUACGAGGAGCGCGACCUCGAGACCGGGGACGGUGUCGACGUCAAGACGGCCCGUGCGUCCGACUACUUCACCAUCAUGGCGAGCGGCUUCGCGCUCGUGUCGGACGGGUACCAGAACAACCUGGCGACCGUGUUCAACGUCAUCUUCGGCAUCCUCUACCCGCACGACUACACGAGCGGGGUGAAGACGCGCGUGUCGAAUGCUCUGCUGAUUGGCGAGAUUAUCGGCCAGGUCGUCGUCGGGCUGAUCUGCGACCGGAUCGGCCGCAAGACGGCCAUGGUCGGCACGACAUUGCUCAUUGUCAUCGGCGGCAUCCUGUCUACCGCCGCGUCGGGCAAGACCGCCGCGGGCAUGUUCUGGAUGCUUACCGUCGCGCGAGGCACCGCCGGCGUCGGCGUCGGCGGAGAGUAUCCUGCGUGCUCGACGUCCGCGUCCGAGUCGGCCAAUGAGAAGUUUGGGCGGAACCGCGGCAUGGUCUUCAUCCUCGUUACCAACCUCAUGCUCUCCAUCGGCGGACCCAUCGUCAUCUCCCUCUUCCUCCUCAUCAUCAACGCCGCGGGGUACAAGGGCACCAAGAGCGCCAGCGACCUCCACAAGCUCAGCUACACGUGGCGUAUCCUCAUGGGCAUUGGAAUCAUCAUCCCGCUGAGCGUGUUCUACUUCCGCCUCCGCAUGAAGAACCCCAAGAUCUACCGCCGUAACGCCAUCCGCCACUCUCCCCCCUACCUCCUCAUCCUCAAGCGCUACUGGAAGACGCUCCUCGGCACCGCUGGAACAUGGUUCCUGUACGACUUUGUCACCUUCCCCAACGGCAUCUUUAGCAGCACAAUCAUCGCCAGCGUCGUGCCCAACGCUGGCAUCGUUAGGACGUUCGAGUGGAACUUGCUGCUGUCGGUGCUUUCGCUCCCCGGCGUGUUCCUCGGCGCGUUUGUGGUCAAGUACACCGGACGCAAGAACCUCCUCAUGAUGGGCUUCUCAGGCUACAUCAUCUUCGGUCUCAUUGUCGGACUGUCGUACGACAAGAUCACCAAGGUCGUCCCCGCCUUUAUCGUCAUGUACGCCAUGAUGCAGUCCUCGGGCAACUUUGGCCCGGGCAACAUGGAGGGCACGAUCAGUGCCGAGUCCUACCCUACCUCGAUCCGCGGCACGUGCUACGGCCUGUCCGCGGCCAUCGGCAAGGCCGGCGCCGCGAUUGGCACGCAGUGCUUCACGCCUAUCCAGACCCACCUCGGCAAGAAGUUCACGUUCAUCAUUGCCGCUUGCUGUGGCGUCGCUGGCGUCCUCCUCGCCUUCUUCUGCGUCGAGGACAAGGGCAAAGACCGCCUCGAGAAGGAGGACGAGGCAUGGCGCCAGUACCUCGUGGACCACGGGUACGGCCACCUUGCCAUGGGCGACGGCACGGGUGGCGUGCAGCGCUCGGCCGAGGGCAACGUGGACCAUGAGCCGCUCGAGUACGAGAAGUAG